AUGCGUGAAUCAAGCCUAGACGAAGCAUUCUCCAUGAAGAUGUCCGUUUCCAGCACCGCCAGCAGUUCAAGUUCGACGGAACGGACACUUCGACGUCGACGAUCGGCAGCGUCUGCCGCGCUUCUCGCCAAACCAUCCACACUGACGCUCGACCAAUUCGUACCAUCGUUCGAGACGUGCGUUCUGAUCUACAUCACCACUUCCACGACAUCGACGGAAUUGGUGUACGCGCUAUUCGAGCCUCACUUUCUCAUCCACGGCUCCACCCGCUCGGUCCAGAAGCUAGAUCGAUCAUCGUGGGAACGUCUACGAUCGCACGUGGAAGAACUACGAAUCGUAGCGCUCUCCUCCGGAUUCGACGAACCAGUUCGUUCACCGACCACACCUCCCAAUUCACCCAUCAAGAGGAGAAAGCCGGAUUGCAUGUUCGACCUCUCCAACCCCACCGAUUCACAACCAUCCACCAACGUGAUGAGGAUGUAUCUGCAACCUCAAUCGUACACCACUGUUCCUGCGAGGGGUAAAGAGGAUCUGCUGGAGAUCGAAAUUCAUGCGCCCGAGGACGAAGCGUUGGCAAAGCAGAGAAGAGUUUGUCUACCGGCUCAAAUCAGAGCGGUGCUGCAGGAUGCGGAACAGUUGAUGCUGGAUGAUGAUGCGGGAAAAAAGACGCCAAUGUCAGCUCCAGCAGACGGACAAUACAGUGCAGAUGAAGCAGUAGGCAAUGUUGGAUUCACCAACACGUGCGAUCGCAUCCUCAACCUCGUCCUCGCCGAGCCUGCUUCGUAG